AAGCAGUAGUAGAAGAAGAAGAAGAAGAAGACGAAUACAACGACGACGACAGUUGGGCGAGGAGGUGUGGAGGAAAACACGCUUCUCGGUGUCUCACCACAGAACACUUCUGUUGACAUGUCUCGACCCAGGCGAGCGGAUCGCGUGGACUCUCUGGCGGGCUUCAGGACAGAGAAGACGGAGCCCGCCGGUGCCGUCCCUCACGGUCUGCUGAAGGCAGCGAGGAAGAGCGGCCAGCUCAACCUGUCCGGCCGAGGGCUCACGGAAGUCCCUCAGAAUGUGUACCGCCUGAACGUUGACACACCCGAGGAGGCGCAGCAGAACGUCGGCUUCGGAGCCUCCGAUCGCUGGUGGGAACAGACUGACCUCACCAAGCUCCUGCUCUCAUCCAAUCAGCUCACACAGCUGUCUGAUGACAUCAGACUAUUGCCUGGACUCACUACUCUGGAUCUCCAUGACAACCAGCUGAGCAGUUUGCCCUGUGCCCUGGGAGAACUGCAGGAGCUGCAGCAGCUGCGAGUCAGUCACAACCAGCUGACAUCGCUGCCCGCGGAGACGUGCACUCUGAAGAACCUCUGUGUCCUCACGAUGCAGCAGAACCUGCUGGAGAACCUGCCAGAGGAACUGGGCCAACUGGAGAACCUGACCGAGCUGGACCUGUCCAACAACCAGCUGGAGGACCUGCCGUCCAGCCUGGGUCGUCUAACCCGCCUGCAGAAACUGAACCUAUGUGGCAACAAGCUCAGCUGUCUGCCCGACAGUCUGGCCCAGCUCACGAAUGUGAAGCUGCUGGACUGCAGCAGGAACCAGCUGACUGACAUCCCUGCCAGCCUAUCAGAGAUGCUUGCUCUGGAGCAGCUCUACCUCAGACACAACAAGCUCCGCCUCUUACCACAGCUCCCGGCACCCGCGCUGAAGGAGUUGUACGUUGGGAACAACCACAUUGAGCGGGUGGACACAGAACAGCUGGCCUGCCUAGCGGCCAUCUCUCUUCUAGAGCUCCGAGACAAUAAGAUCCAGACCCUCCCUGAACAGAUCACCUUACUGAGCACGCUCACACGCCUCGACCUCACCAAUAAUGACAUCACCACUCUUCCAGCGGCGCUCAGCCUGUUGCCCAACCUGAAGGUGUUACUGUUGGAGGGAAACCCUCUGCGAGGAAUCAGGAGAGACCUACUCACUAAAGGAACCAACGAGCUUCUGAAAUAUUUAAGAGGAAGAAUUAAAGAGGAGCCUGAGCGACCAGAAGACGGAGAUACUGCUAUGACGUUACCCAGCCAGUCCAAUGUCAAUGUACAUAACAUCAAAAGCCUCAAGUUAUUGGUGUACAGUGAGAAGCAGGCAGGGGACGUUCCAGAUGAGCUGUUUGAUGCUGCAGCGGAUCAGGGUGUGGCCACAGUGAACUUGAGCAGGAACCAGCUGACCUCCAUACCUCCCAGACUGGUGGAGUUCCACUCAUCCCUAUCAGAUCUCAAUCUGGGUUUCAACAGACUGACCUGUUGUUCACCUGACAUCUGCAAGUUACUGCAGCUGACGCACGUCGACCUCAGGAACAACCAGCUGAUUGAUUUACCACCUGACAUGAAGAAUUUGACUAAACUGCGCUCCGUCAUUCUCAGUUACAACAGGUUCAAGUCUUUCCCUGAAGUCCUCUAUGAGAUUGCAUCCUUGGACACGUUGUUGCUUGGUAACAACCAUGUGGGAGUGGUGGACCCUAGUCGUCUGAUGAAGUUGGUUAAUCUGUCAACACUGGAUUUGUCAAACAAUGACCUACUUAACAUUCCCCCUGAACUGGGCCUCUGCUCCAGCCUCAGGUGUCUCACUCUGGAGGGGAAUCCUUUCCGCACACCCAGAGCAGCCAUCAUGGCCAAAGGAACAGACGCAGUGAUGGAGUACCUCCGCAGCCGCAUCCCCACAUGACCGCUGAGCUCAGCUUACACUGCCCCACCAAUACAGUCCUGUUUUUAAUCCAGUUCAAUCAAUUUUUACAUUUCAAUGUGUCAAGCAACAACACAUGAUUGUUCUUUUGGAUUCAAGGACACUUUAAGGCACUUUGUGAAUAAAAUCGUUGCUAAGCAUUA